GAAACGGCUCUUGUUUACAGAUACCGUCGCUGCCAAACCAAAAAGAAACCAAAGCACUCUUUUAACUUCAUAUUUAGCUUUAGAUAGCUUGAUGAACAUAAAAACCAGCAACUUAUCAUCAGAAAUGCUUGCUGCUCGUACAAACGGUUAGUGAAAAUGUAGCGGUAGUUGUAGCUGAUGAUUCGGAGCCUCAAUCACUCGGACCUUACCACCUUUGGGCAGCAUGUAUACUUUGAUGAUGAGACGCUUCUGAUUUAUUUUUCAGGUUUGGAACAAAAAACGCACAUCAAAAUAGUUGGCUUGAUUAAAGAGACACAUUUUCAUAUUGCCAACUGUAUCAUUGAGGGUCUAACACAGAAGUUUCCACGGGAGUUUAUGGAACCAGAAAUCAUUCCAUUACUUGAAUUUGAUUGGCAUGCCUUCCUGGACAGCCAGAAAAGGGAGUUACGUGGCGACGUGUGGCAGUUCUCCAGUGGCGUCAUGUGCUUUGUAGAUGGUCAGUUCAUCGGUGACGACGUUGCUCUCGUUGCUUGGGCCAAGGACCAGUGGACUUUCACGUGUGACCUGCCACAGGCUUCCUGCGUAGAUGAAUACUACAUGAAACAUCUCCGUGCAACUAAGCACAGGUUUGUCUACAUGGAUAUCGAGAUUGAAGGCGAGCCAGCAGGGAGGCUGUUGUUUGAGCUGUUCUCGGAUGUAUGUCCAAGGACGUCAUGGAACUUUGAGGCUCUUUGCACAGGUGAACGAGGCAAGUCGACUGCCGGCUACCCCCUGUGCUACAAGGGCUCCCUGUUUCAUCGGGUAGUGCCCAAUGGCUGGGUGCAAGGUGGAGAUAUUACUCCAGAAAGAAAGGGAAAUGGAGGCGAGUCCAUCUACGGACCAACCUUUGACGAUGAGAGUUUUGCUCUCUCCCACACAAAGCGAGGCACUCUAGGCAUGGCCAACAAGGGCCCCCACAGCAACGGCUCCCAGUUCUACAUCACUCUGCAACCCACACGAUGGAUGGACUUGACCUAUGUUGCAUUUGGUGAAGUGGUGGAGGGUGUUGACGUCCUCAAGAAGAUCGAAGAGUCCCCGACUACCAAUCAACGACCCAAGAAGGAAUGUACUGUCGUAAACUGUGGAGUUUUUAAGCUAUAGCUCAUUUUUACAAAUGUGAAACAUAACUACUAAGAGGCUAUAAUGAGGAAAAGUCUGUAAAAUAGAACUUGAAAUUAAGUCAUUCACAUCCAGCUCAGGUAUAUGUAUUGUAUUCAGAGUAUCUGUUGCAGUAGUUUAUCAACUAGCUAGGGAUGUCCUGAUCCAAUCACAUAAUCAUUGGGCCAGCCGCGCCAUUUUUCAGAGGAUCGGAAUCAGGUGUAAAGGAUCGGGUUUUUAGUUAAAACAAAUAUAUUUGUUUUUCUGCUUCAUGCUCGUAUAGUGCCACAGCCUCUCACCCUCCCUCCUGCUGAGCAGUGCAGCCAAACUGUCCAGCAUGUGUUUUGUACUUAAAGUUAAUGAUAAUUAACAGGUUUGUGGCUUUGAUCUUGCUAGAGAAGCUUGGUAGCGUUACGAUCAAAGGCACCCAUGUGUCAGUCAUAGUUAAGUUUCCAUAAGUGUACUGCGGCAACUCAUUGUGUAAGUGAGAGGCUGUUGGCUGCAACGUGAGCGGACUCACUCAAUGAAUCAUUGAAUAAAGACAAGCAUUUUUUUACGUUA